GGAACUAAUGGAACACAAAAAAACAACCUGAAACUACUCCGGAAGACUUUUAGCUCCGGACCCGUUUGUCCCUCUUUUAUUAUCUUCCGUCUCCCACAAGAUGAGCUGACAGAUGUUAUGAAAUGGGAAAAAGGCCGGUGAGGACAUAGCUCGACACCAAGCUUGUGGACUUAAUUUUAUAAUAUGUUUUUGAUGUCAACAGCAUAGUUUAUCAGUAUGCACUCCCAGAUAUUAUGUAGCGGCACCGCGGCGGCUGUCGCUGCCCGGAGAAUGCGCAACAUUGUGGGAGCAGUUCUGGGAAGAGACGGCUGGAUGUGGAGAACUCAUGAGGUCAAACUUCUCAACACGUCCUCAGGUGACACAGUGAAGAUUGGAGAGAUCUCCUACAAACUGAAAACACCCCGGAAUCCAGAGCUUGUUCCCCUCAAACACAUUUCAGACUCCUUACCUCAGACGGUGGCUCAGCACCUACGAUGGAUUAUGCAGAAAGACCUUCUGGGCCAGGACGUGUUUCUGAUCGGUCCCCCCGGACCCCUGAGACGAUCCAUCGCCAUGCAGUACCUCGAGUUGACCAAGCGGGAAGUGGAGUACGUUGCUCUGUCCAGAGACACGACGGAGACGGACCUGAAGCAGCGGAGAGAGAUCCGCUCAGGGACGGCCUUCUAUAUCGACCAGUGUGCUGUGAGGGCAGCGACACAGGGUCGGGUCCUGGUCCUGGAGGGACUGGAGAAGGCGGAGAGAAAUGUCCUGCCUGUCCUCAACAACCUGCUGGAGAACAGGGAGAUGCAGCUGGAGGACGGACGCUUCCUCAUGUCAGCUGAGCGCUACGACAAGCUGCUGCAGGAUCACACCAAGGAGGAGCUGGACAGCUGGAAGAUUGUCCGUGUCAGUGAGGACUUUCGGGUCAUCGCUCUUGGUCUUCCUGUCCCCAAAUACAAGGGGAACCCUCUGGAUCCUCCUCUCCGCUCUCGCUUCCAGGCCAGAGACGUCUAUUACCUCCCAUUUAAGGACCAACUGGAGGUGUUGUACACAGCAGGACCGAACAUCGCUGCAGAAAGAGUGUCCCAGCUGCUGUCUCUUGCCACUACGCUGUGCUCUCAGGAAUCCUCCAGCCUCGGCCUCCCUGACUUCCCAGUGGACAACCUGCUUCCUGCUCUGCAUGUGCUGAAUGCUUUCCCCAUGCUGUCCUCCCAGCAGCUCGUCCAGAGACUUUACCCCUACAGCAGCAUCCUGGGCCAGGAGGGCCGGGACGCUGUGGAGGGCGUCCUCAGUAGAUUUGAGCUCUUGGAUGGUCGUCGUCAGCCGGCACCCAGCGCCGUCCUGAGUCUGUCCAGGACCAGGGACCCUGAGGGCCAUGCAGACGUCACAUUAUGUGUCGCAGACAAAGACAUCACCUUUCAGGUUCCUGCAGGCAUCAAGGAGCUGCGUCCUCCCAACAGCAGCUCCACCUUCAUCAGCACACCGAGCCAAUCCCAGCUGCUGGCUGAGAUGAUGCAGUCACACCUGGUGAAAGACAUCUGUCUGAUCGGAGCCAAGGGUUGUGGCAAGUCAGUGAUUGCAAGAGAGUUCGCUGAGAUGCUGGGCUACAGCGUUGAGUCGGUCAUGCUCUACCAGGACAUGACAGCCAGGGACCUCCUCCAGCAGAGGUACACGCUCCCUAACGGGGACACGGCGUGGAGGCCGUCCCCGCUGGUCACCGCCGCCAUCGAGGGCAAGCUGCUGCUCCUGGACGGCAUUCACAGGGUCAACCUGGGAACCCUGGCGGUGCUGUCCAGGUUACUCCAUGACAGGGAGCUGGAUCUGUAUGAUGGCACCAGGCUGCUGAGGUGGGACAGAUACCAGACACUAAAGGAAGAACUGCAGUUCACUGACCAGCAGCUGCAAGAGAGGUCAAUCUUCCCCAUCCACCCCUCCUUCAGGGUGCUGGCCCUGGCGGAGCCCCCGGUUGUGGGUUCCAGCUCCAGCAGCAGCAGCAGUAAAGGUCAGCAGUGGCUGGGCCCAGAGCUGCUCACCAUGUUCCUCUACCACACCGUCACCCCCAUGGCCCGGGCAGAGGAGAUGGAGCUCAUACGGGGACUGACUAAUAAUGUUCCGAAAGAAGCAGCAGAGCAGCUUCUGCACCUCACUCACAGUCUCCGCAAGACAAAUGACCCCACAGCCCAGUCUCUGGCCUCGUCUCUCUCCACCAGACAGCUGUUAAGGAUCUGUCGCCGUCUCUCUCUGUACCCCGAGGAGAGCAUCGCUCACGCUGUCAAUAAGGCUUGUCUUUCCAGGUUCCUGCCCAGUCUGGCCCGCGCCUCGCUCGAUAAAAGCCUCGCCAACUGCUCCAUACAGGACACACCAGAUCCUGCUGAACACAUGCAGGACUUCAGCUGUUCGGUAAAGGAUGGCGUGUUGACGAUUGGCCGUGUCUCUGCUCCCGUCUACAAUGCCAGCGAAAAAAUGAAGAUUCCCGACGUUCUCUUCUAUGAUAAUCCCCAGCACAUGAUGGUGAUGGAGGACAUGCUGAAAGAUUUCCUGUUAGGAGAGCACCUUCUCUUGGUGGGCAACCAGGGUGUGGGGAAGAAUAAAAUAGUGGAUCGUUUCCUGCACCUCCUGAACAGGCCCAGAGAAUACCUGCAGCUCCACAGGGAUACGACUGUCCAGACUCUGACCCUGCAGCCCUCGGUCCGAGAUGGCAUCAUCAUGUAUGAAGACUCACCUCUGGUGAAGGCAGUGAAGAUGGGUCACAUAUUAGUGAUCGACGAGGCCGACAAAGCUCCCACUAACGUCACCUGCAUUCUCAAAACCCUGGUGGAGAGCGGAGAGAUGAUCCUUGCUGACGGACGCAGAAUCAUCUCAGAUCCUCGUGAAGCUGAGGGGAGGCCCAACACCAUCGUUAUGCACCCAGAUUUCAGGAUGCUCGUCCUGGCUAACCGGCCUGGUUUCCCUUUCCUGGGCAACGACUUUUUUGGAGCUCUAGGGGACAUUUUCAGCUGCCAUGCUGUGGACAACCCGAAGCCCCAGGCGGAGCUGGCCAUGCUCAAACAGUACGGCCCCGACGUCCCCGACGCCACUCUGCAGAAGCUGGUGGCUGCUUUUGGAGAGCUGAGGUCCAUGGCGGACCAGGGCACCAUCACCUACCCCUACUCCACCCGAGAGGUGGUCAACAUAGUCAAACACCUGCAGAAAUUCCCUGACGAGGGUUUGGCCAACGUUGUCCGAAACGUCUUCGACUUUGACUCGUACAACAAAGACACGCGUGAGGUUCUGAUCGAAGCACUGCACAAGCACGGGAUUCCCAUCGGAGCCAAGCCCAGCUCGGUCAAACUGGCUAAGGAGUUGCCCCUCCCCAAAGUCCAGAUGACGGGCUACUGGACAAUAAACCAAACUGGCAACGCUCGACGCAAACUGCUCUGUCCCACCGAGACUCGGCCCAUCGACAUCAAGGGCCCUGUGUUUCUGCGUGUUCAGGGUUACCCCUGCAACAGACAGGAGAGCAGAGCUUUGAGCUUCAGCGAGGAGAAAGCCCACUGGCAGAUUCCCAUGAAUGAAGUCAACAUCAUCUGCGAUGUCACCACCAAAGAUGAUGUGCUGUACGUGGCGACCUGUAACCCGGUGUCCCUGUUCUCCAUGAAGGAGCGCGGGGACACCAUCCACUGCAUGGAGCUGUACGACGUCUUCCCCAGGACCAUCAGUGGCGUCUGGCAGCCCUUCGUCACCGUGGCGCCCCUCGGGAGUCCUCUGGAGGGACAGGUGGUGCUGCACGAGGAGCAGAGUAACACGGUGCUCCACCUGGACAUGGUGACGGGGGCGGUGCGGAGGCUCCUGCUGUCUCCAGACUCUGACCAGCCCUCCACCAAAGCCUCCAGCUGGUGGAGCAGUAAAGAAAACCAGGGAGUGCAUAAAAUGUGUCACGACUUCGCCCACAAAAACUGGCUGCUCUUCUACAAGGAGGAAGGCAACCAGCUGGAGGUGCUGGAUGUGCUGGAGGGCCGGGUUCACUCCAUCUCUCUCCCCAUUAACCUGAAGUCUGUUUUCCUGGUGGCGGAGGACCGCUGGCUGCUGCUGGAGAGCAACACCAACAGGAAGUUCCUGCUGACCAAGCCCAUGCACAUGACCGCUGAGGACUCUGGCGUGUGUCAGCUCCACAGCAUCAGCGAGGACGCAGUCAGCUCAGGCCACGGAGCCAGCGCAGCUGAGGCGUCCUUACCUCAGAUGUUGUCAUGUGACCAGCUGCCCAAUGAGAACCUCAGCGCUGCUCUGGACCAGAAGAUAGUUUCACCCAACCGGGUCCUGGCCGAUGCCGGCUCCUUUGCACGGAUCGUUGUGGGCUUCCCAGACCUGGUGUCCCCUAACGAGGUGUACAGCUUUAACCGGCCUGUGGACCAAUCAGGGAAGAGCUCUGACAGCGGCGCCCACAUGUUCCUGAGGGGCGGGCUCCGGUCCACGCCCGCCAAACGGGACAACUGUGUCACUCUGCUGUCAGCCAAUCAGGUGGUCCGAGCCCUCCCGCCCAGCAAGGUGCCCCUGAAGGAGGUGUAUCCCAAAGAUGUCACACCUCCGAUGACGGCGGCGUACCUGGAGGUGACGGACCUCAACUCCAAGAAAGUCAAAUAUAUUCCUGUCCCGAGAUCAAUGAGCGUGUCUCCGUACACCAGCUGGUUGUCCAAGAUAUCGGAGUCCGACGUGCUGACCGCCGCUCUGGGUUCUGGAGGCGUGGUCACCGUGGAUAUGGGCGGGUACGUCCGGCUCUGGGAGACGGGACUGGACACGCUGCAGAGGUCGCUGAUGGAGUGGAGGAAUAUGAUUGGGACAGAGGACGGCAGACCUGUACAGAUUACCAUCCAGAGGGAAAGCGGUCUGGAUGUCUCUGCUCCCAAACACGGCAAGAUCGACCCCAACAACGCUCCUCAUGUGGGGGGAAACCAGUGGGCAGGAGGCACAGGAGGCAGAGACACGGCGGGGCUGGGGGGUAAAGGAGGUCCCUACCGGCUGGAUGCAGGUCACAAAGUGCACCAGGUGUCCCAGGCUGAGAAAGAUGCAGUUCCAGAAGAGGUCCGCAGAGCCGCCCGCGAGAUGGGAGAAAAGGCCUUCAAACAAAGGUUGAAGGAGAUCGAUAUGAGCGAGUAUGACGCUGCCACGUACGAGCGCUUCUCCAACGCCGUCAGGAGACAAGUUCAGUCUCUACGCAUCAUCCUGGACAAUUUACAGGCUAAAGGAAAGGAGCGGCAGUGGCUGAAGAACCAGGCUCUGGGAGAACUGGACGAUGCUAAAAUCAUUGAUGGACUGACUGGAGAGAAGGCUAUAUAUAAACGCAGGGGAGAGCAGGAACCAGAGCCAGGAAGUCCUCAGCAGAAGCCUAAACGCCUACGGGUGUUAGCGGAUGUGUCGGGCAGCAUGUACCGCUUCAACGGCGUGGACGGCCGGCUGGAGCGCUCCAUGGAGGCCGUGUGCAUGGUGAUGGAGGCUCUGGAGAGCUACGAGCACAAGUUCAAGUACGACAUAAUCGGCCACUCAGGCGACGGCUACGACAUCGAGCUGGUCAGAUCAGACAAAAUCCCCAAAAACAACAAGCAGAGACUCAAAGUCCUCAAGACCAUGCAUGCCCACUCUCAGUUCUGCAUGAGUGGAGACUUCACUCUGGAGGGCACAGACAGCAGCAUCAAGGAGCUGGCACGUGAAGAAGCCGACGAGCACUUCGUGGUGGUGCUCAGCGACGCCAACCUGGAGCGAUACGGCAUCCGGCCGGAGCGCUUCGCCCAGGUCCUGACCUCCGACCCCCAGGUCAACGCCUUCGCCAUCUUCAUUGGAUCUCUCGGCGAUCAGGCCGAAAGGCUCCAAAAGACCCUUCCAGCAGGGAGAUCUUUUGUAGCUAUGGACACUAAGAAGAUCCCCCAAAUCCUGCAGCAGAUCUUCACCUCGACGAUGCUGUCCGGUGUCUGAGACACAUUCACUUCUUAUCUCUCACACUCAAAACCUCAAAAGUUGCUCUGCAAGUUCUGAAACUUGUCAGACUUUGGGUUCUUAUCUCAGCGUGUCCGUAACCCACUUUCUGUAUCAGAUUAUUCAACUUUAUCUGAGCUGUAUCAGUGCCAAGGACUUGCCUUCGUGCAGGCCUGAAGGGGAAAUUAUCAUAUUUAACAGAAGCCUUCAGUCUCAGGAGUAGGGUUGCAAAGGGGCGGAAAAUUUCCGGUAAAUUUCCAUGGGAAGUUAAGCUUGGGAAUUUUGGAAAUAUUCCAUAUUGGAAGCUUUCCAUGGGAAUAAUGGGAAUUUAGGAGAACUAAUUGGGAAUAUAUUAUAUACAAGCAUAAAUAUAAGCAGAAGUCAUAAGAAAACAUCCAUACAAAAUGUUUUCAACAGAUAUUUCAACAGAUUUAUUUGUAAGUAGAGUAGAACACGUUCUAAUUACUUGUUUCAUGGAUGAACAAAAACAGGAGUGUUGGGCCCAAUAUCACCCAUCCCCUAACCACACUCAUUCAAAAAUGCACAUGUGCCAGUAGGGGGCGUGGUCUCAAUAGCCAUGCAGUAAGCAGUGUGCUCUGUGCAUGUGAUUGAGGAAUG